AUGAAUUUUGAACAUUAUAUUGAAGAAUACACCAGUGGUUCUGAUCCUAUCAACUGGAGCAUUUUAAACUGCCUUAAUUGUCUCAAAGAUAAUGACAAUUUGAUAUUCAUAUCCGAUAGCAAGCAAGCAAAGAAAAAGGCAAAAAAAAUAUUUAAUAGUAUCAAUGAUACAUUUGAAAGAAGAAAAAUUCGCGAAUUUUUUGAGAAAUUAGACCAUAAAUAUGAAAUAAGGAAAACUGAUCGGGAAAUGUAUAAAAGCAUAAAUACAGUAAAAGUGUUGAUUACUAAGAAAGCAACAGUGCGAUUAGGAAAGGUAUUAGAAACUCAAGAACGAAGAAGUAAUAAAAAGAUGAAGACAAAAGGGAAUGUUGACUUGAAAUCCAAUCACAAUGAAAUGGAUUCUUCUAGUUCAAAAUAUCAAGAGGAGACAAAAAUGCCGAAAAGACAAUCUACUGAAUCAAAUGAUUUUGAUGAUAACGAGAUUGAAGAUGCACAAGAGUGUAACCCUACUGAAUUUGAUAUUGCAUAUCAUAAACUAGACCUGGCAAAGAUGUGGACUCUCGAGUUCUCUGGCCGUGUUGUUAAAAAAAAAGAGAUCACCACCUCAGAGGUUAAAGCUAAGCUGAAACUCGAACCUUCUCAUGUAGAAUUGUUAAAGAAGUACACGACUGACAACAUUAAGAAAUUACGAAAAGCAUUUUCUGAACCGCUUGUAUCAGAAUUUGAUCGAAACCUUCAUUUUGAUCUGGACUUCAUUAAUUUUGCUUAUCGAGGGAUGUUGUUUUUGUGGGAGAAGGAUGUAGAUCCCUUUGACUCAAUAAAAUUAGAGGGAUGGUAUGAAAUGUGUGUUUGGAGUCGCUUAAUUAACCCGACCUUUGAAAAUUUGGACAUUAAUUUAGUGCGAGAGGAAGGGAUGAGUUUGACGUCUAGUGAUCAGAAGAACAUUAAAAGGUCAGUAGCUGAUCGAAAAAUUAUUGUUCAAAAAGGGGAUGGUAUUUUCAAACAAUAUAAGAAGCAUAUAGAAUUUGGUGCAGUAGAAGCAGGACGCAAAUGGGAAGGGAAGAACAGUACUAAAUAUUUAACUGAUUCAUUAAAGCUGUGUAAGAUGAUAAAGGAUGUGUUAACACAACUUUCUAUUGAAUGUAAUGGAGUAGAAGACCUUGUGAGAAAAAUACAAGUUAUUGGGAUUCUUAACAGGGCUAACAUGAUUCAGGUUGCAGGACGUUUAUCCAAAUCUGAUCCACUUGCUUUAGUUUUGAAAGAGGUAUUAUGCGUAAAAUCUAUCAUCAAACAGAUACUGGACAUAAUAAAUAAGAAGAAUAGUGUUGAUAUCGGAAUAUUUCUCAAUGAUUCAGAUGAACAAGAUGGAUCUCGCACGCCUCCAAACGUUACAAUACCUCCAACUUUCACAAUUCUGAAUUCAGAUCGUACACAAAAUAUGUAG